AUGAAAUUCGUCUUCUCCUUGCUGCUCGCUUUCGGCAUGGUGGCCGAAGUCGUGGGACAGGAUGGGAAGAGCUUCUGGCUUGAAUGGAUCACCAAGCGCGGCGUUGCCCCUUUCAAUGCCAGUCCUGCUACCUACCAAGUCUUCCGCAACGUCAAGUCCUUCGGCGCAAAGGGUGAUGGAGUUACAGAUGAUACAGCGGCAAUCAACGCAGCUAUCGCUGCCGGCUCUCGAUGCCGACCAGGAACUCCAGGCGUCGGAUGCCAGUCCAGCACCAUCUCGCCCGCCACCGUGUACUUCCCCGCGGGAACGUACCUGAUUUCGGUCCCAAUUGUCCCCUUCUACAUGACCAACCUCAUCGGAAACCCCAACCCAGGUCAAAUGGCCGUGUUGAAGGCGACCGUCAGCUUCAGCGGCAUUGCUCUCGUAGACGGCGAUCCAUACCUGUCUUCUGAGCCUGCGUAUGGCACUACAAACGUAUUCUACCGUCAAGUCAGAAAUUUGGUGUUCGAUAUGACAUCUCAACCUGCCGCAGCCCUUGCCAGAGGUAUUCAUUGGCCGACUGCUCAAGCGACCAGUCUCCAGAACUGUGUCUUUAAGAUGAGCACCGCCAGUGGGAACAAGCACCAGGGCGUCUUCAUUGAAAAUGGAUCUGGUGGAUUCAUGAAUGAUCUGAUCUUCUAUGGCGGUGACCAUGCUAUGGAAGUCGGAUCUCAGCAAUUUACGUCCCGAAAUCUGACGUUCUAUAACUCUGCCACGGCUAUCUACCAAAUCUGGGACUGGAGCUGGACAUACAUGGGUCUUUCCAUUAAUAACUGUGGAGUCGGCAUCGACAUGUCAAAUACCGGAUCUCAAGGCCAACAGGUGGGAUCGGUAGUAGUCAUCGACAGCACAUUUAGUAACACCCGGGUGGGUAUCGCCUCUGCACGAUCCAGCACAUCGCUCCCGAACGGAGGUGGCAGUCUCGCACUCGAGAAUGUCAUCUUCUCUAACGUCCCGGUUGCUGUCAACGGUCCCUCGUCCACAUCUUUAGCAGGUUCUUCGGGUACUAUCACCGUCGCCGGCUGGGUCCAAGGCAACGUUUACUCGCCAACUGGCCCCAACAAGGCGAUGAGCCCGGUUUCUUCCUUCGUCCGCCCGGCCUCUCUGUUGAAGAGUACUAGAUACUAUACACGCUCUAAGCCUCAGUACGAGAAAACUCCCUCGGCUGACUUCUACAGCGUUCGGGCUGCAGGUGCCAAGGGUGAUGGAGUCACCGACGACACUACCAUCAUCCAAAACCUCCUAUAUUCUGCCACCUCGGCAGGCAAGAUCAUAUACUUCGAUUACGGGGUAUACAAGAUCACUACUUCAAUCACGAUACCUCCCGGAGCCAGGAUUGUCGGAGAGUCUUACCCUACAAUCAUGGGCUCUGGCCCGUUCUUCUCCAAUAUCAACAACCCGGUGCCUGUUGUCCAAGUCGGAGCUGCGAGUGGUCAAACUGGUGUGGUCGAAUGGUCGGAUAUGAUUAUUUCUACUCAGGGUGCUGCCGCCGGAGCUAUCCUCAUCCAGUGGAAUCUUGCCUCCCCAGCUGCAACUCCGUCGGGAAUGUGGGAUGUCCAUACCCGUAUCGCCGGGUUCAAAGGCAGCAAUCUCCAGACACCCCAAUGCGCAAUCACCGCCGCUCAGCCCAAUGGCAACUGCAUCGCUGCUUUCCAAUCAAUGCGAGUUGCUAAUAUCGGAACCGGACUGUACAUGGAAAACGUAUGGUUGUGGACUGCUGAUCACGACCUAGAUGAUGCCGAGAACAAGAACACCCGUAUUUCGGCCUACGCUGGUCGCGGACUUUCCGUUGAGAGUACGACUGGGAACUUGUGGCUCAUCGGCACGGCGGUCGAGCAUCACACGCUCUACCAGUAUCAGUCCAGCAACACGAAGAAUAUCUUCAUGGGUUUCAUUCAGACCGAGACUCCCUAUUAUCAGCCAGCACCCAAGGCCAACGUCCCGUUUCCUGCCAUCGCCGACCGCAACGACCCGAACUUCUCUGUCUCCUGCGCUGGGAAGGGCGACAACUGUUACCUGUCCUGGGGCCUCCGCGUCUUGAACUCGGCAAGCAUCCUCGUCUACGGCGCCGGUCUGUACUCGUUCUUUAAUAACUACUCUCUUACCUGCUCCGACCACACGGCAAGCGUCUACAACGAGUACUGCCAGACCCAGAUCUUCGGCAUCGACUCGGGCGGUGGCGCCGGCCAGUCCUACGCCGGCUCGUCGGUCUUUGUCUACGGGCUCAACACCGUCGGGGCCGUGAGCAUGGUCGAUCGCAACGGGGCGAGUCUGGCGGCGCAGAGUGCCAAUACGGGUCUGUUUGCGAGCCAUCUCGUGAGGUUUGUGACGAAGGUGCCGGGGACGUAG